AUGGCAGAGCAUAAACUCAAAACUAGCAUCGCCAUUCUCGGUUGCGGCGAGGUCGGCUCCACGCUAGCAUACACAUUGGUCCUCAACCCGAUAUGCGGCGAGAUCAUCAUGGUCGACCCGAAGAAAGCGCUGCUGGAAGCGCAAGUCCGAGAUCUGAGCGAUGCGACGUAUGGCGGUCGCUCCGGGACGAAGGUAAGAGCUGGGACGCACAAGGAUGCUGGACAGGCUGAUGUCGUGGUCAUCACUGCGGGAGCUAAGCAGAAGCCUGGCGAAUCCCGGCUCUCCCUCCUUAGCCGCAACCUGCACAUCAUGUCCUCCAUCUUCAAAAAUAUGCAACCUAUUUCGCCGACUACAAUCCUGCUCCUGGUGGCCAACCCUGUCGAUAUCUUGACCUACUUUGCCCGGAAGCUCUCUGGAUUACCCGAGUCGCAGGUCCUGGGUACCGGCACUACGCUUGAUUCCGCGCGACUGCGAGGCAUACUCGCGGAGAAAGCGGAAGUAGCACCAAACAGUAUCGAUGCGUAUGUGCUUGGUGAGCAUGGCGAUAGCCAGUUUAUCGCCUGGUCCAACGCCUCCAUUGGAACAACCCCCCUCCACCUCGCUCUGCCCGUCUGUCUGACUCCGGAGUUCAAAGCCGAAAUUGCCACUCACACGCGUGGUGCCGCCGGCGCUAUCAUCGCAGCCAAGGGCUGCACCGCGUACGGCAUCGGCAAUGUCGCAGCCAGCAUCUGCAAGUACAUACUCUUCGACGCGCACACCGUCCGUCCCCUCUCUUUCUACCAGCCUGAGCUCGGGUGUUGUCUUUCCAUGCCGGCAGUCAUCGGCCGUCGAGGCAUUAUAAGGAAGAUGCCGGUGCAGUUGAAUGAAGAAGAGCAGACUGAGCUGGAAGCUUGUGCCAGGGGCUUGAGAGCCGUUCUCGAGGGCGCGGAGAAGGAGCUGAGCGCAGAUAAAGAGUUGGAAAAGGUGCUGGAGGAAAUGAGGAGAUGA